ACCUCAAUCGCUCAAUUUAUUUUUAAUCAUUACUUUUAUUAUUAUAUAAUAUUAAUAUAUUUUUUUUUGUUAUGAACUUUUAUUCAACUUACAAAUUAUCAAUUUGAUUUUUUUAUUUUUAUUUCUUAUUUUCAGUUUAAUAUUUUUUUACUAACAUUUUUUUCUAAAUAUCCCGCCUUGGUUUGUCUUAAAUGUCGCUUUUUUUUUCAAACAUAUUGAUACGCUAGUGCUGGCACCAGUAGUUGAUAGAGAGAAACAAUGAAAAAAAUAAUAACAACAGUAAAAAUAGCAGCUAAAUUUUUCACGAAGAAUCAGUUUUCACGUUUUUUAUUAAUUACACCAAAACAAAAAGGAUUCAGAUAGUAAUUUUUGAAAGGGUUCUUGUGAUCAGAAAUACACAGAUAAUAAAAAAAAAAAUAAGUCGAUAAGUCUUGUUUUUCUAAAGUUAUCGUGUUUAGACGAGUCCGAACACCAUAAUUGACGCACUGAGGGCUUCGGACUAAAUCAUUUUUUUUAAAUUAAUCACAUCAUUAAUCAAAUAUGGAUUGCAUUGAAAAAUGUUCCUUAAUAAAUUUCCUUUAAAAUGGUAUAUAUCAUUAACAACUUUGGUGUACUAUAAAGAAAGUAGAGAGGAUUUAAAGUCCGUGAAAGGGCCGAGAGUGAGAGAGUGACAGUAAAGCACACCUAACGCUUUCGCGAUUGAGGUGUGCAAUAGCAGCAUUGGCGGAGAUGAUCCUUUCAGUGUCUCGGAUUUAAAGAAACCUCCAAAACAGCAGCAUUUAUCCCAACUAUCUAUGGAAAUUAACACGGGGAUUAACGAAAAACAGAUAAAAAUUGAUAAAGAUUUAUCACAUAGUGGCGUUAUAAAAUACUUUACGACUCUUAGCAAACAAAUUGGCCAAGUGAACAGUUCUCUUGUUCAAAACUCAGCAUUGUUGGACAAACUUACUGAUGAUGUGGCAGAAAUUAAAAAAAAUUAUAAAACAGAAAUGUUCCUGUGGUGGUAAUGCUGUUGAAGACGAUAGCAAUGAUGAUGGUAAUAAUGGACAUGAAGGGACUCGAGCUGCUGGCGGCGAAAAAGUCAUAAAGAUAAAUAUUCCAAUGGAAACCAAAGAAAUUUUUGCCAAUUUCAAUGAACUGCUUAAUACUGACCUCAAGUUUCGUAUUGAAGUAAUAAAACGUUUGUAUCAGUUGAUUAAUAAAGGGGAUAACCUCAACAAAAACAUGACUGCUGUGAUAAAAAGCUAUAUCACACAAGAUUUAGCUAUGAUGAUGGUUCCGUCAAAACGAGGUAAAGGAGAAAACAGCAAAUUGAUAUUUAAAGAUACUAGUUUCUAUAAAUGCAUAGAAGAAGUAAUACGAAAAAAAUUAAAAACAGACAGGGAUAUUUUAAACUCUAUGUCUGCUACCAUCCGGAAUGCUCGAGACUGGGAUGGAUUCCGGUUGCUAAGGACGCAAAAGAUUGAACAACCUGCUGAUAAUGUAGAACCUACAUAA